CAUACUUCGUCGUUUCUUGUUUUAUAAAAAUCAACCCCACUAUCUUCGUCGAGCCGCGGAGGCGCCGACCUUUUCGGUUAUAUUUAACUCCAAACGCGAUCCCGUCAUCUCGCUGCUCUCCUUUGUCCCAUCCCCCGCGUCUGACUCCCGAUUACGUCGGAUCCUACUCUACCUUAUCCUUUCCCGUUUUCUCGCUUAUCCUCCCUUCUCUCUCCCACGAUUCCCGCAGCCAUCUCAUCUCCUACAAUUAUAGCAAUUCCCCUCCUUCUUCGUCUUCCGAACAAUCUAUUCCAGCUUCCGCAAUGGAUAUCACCAACGACGCGAGCGUUGAUGCGUUCUCCAUCGGUCCGUCGUCGAUCGUCGGCCGGACGAUCGCCUUCCGGAUACUCCUCUGCAGCUCGAUUUCCAGUCUCCGGCAGCAGAUCUUGCGCUUCCUCCGCGCCGCCUUUCGCCGGAUGCGGAACGCCGUCGUCCCGGUGAUCGCCUGGUUCCACCCAAAUCAUCCGCAGGGGAUUCUCGUGAUGGUGACCGCGAUGGCCUUCCUGUUGAGGAGGUGCACCAACGUGCGGUCGCGGGCGGAGUCGGCGUACCGCCGGAAGUUCUGGCGGAACAUGAUGCGCAGCGCGCUGACCUACGAGGAGUGGGCGCACGCGGCCAAGAUGCUCGAGAAGGAGACGCCGAGGAUGAACGAGGCCGAUCUAUACGACGAGGAGUUGGUGAGGAACAAGCUGCGGGAGCUCCGGCACCGCCGGCAGGAGGGCUCGCUCAGGGACAUAGUGUUCUGUAUGCGUGCCGAUUUGCUCAGGAAUUUGGGCAACAUGUGCAACCCUGCGCUCCAUAAGGGCAGACUUCAGGUGCCAAAACUCAUUAAGGAGUACAUUGAUGAGGUCUCAACUCAACUAAAAAUGGUAUGUGACUCUGAUUCUGAUGAGCUGCUUUUGGAAGAGAAGCUUGCAUUCAUGCAUGAGACAAGGCAUGCCUUUGGUAGGACAGCGCUACUCUUAAGUGGGGGUGCUUCAUUGGGAGCUUUCCAUGUGGGCGUGGUGAAAACUUUAGUAGAACAUAAGCUUCUUCCUCGGAUAAUUGCAGGAUCUAGUGUAGGUUCCAUCAUGUGUGCAAUUGUAGCAACACGAUCAUGGCCUGAGUUGGAGAGCUUCUUUGAGGACUCUUGGCAUUCAUUACAGUUUUUUGACCAGAUGGGUGGGAUCUUUGCAGUGGUUAAGAGGGUUAUGAUACAUGGGGCAGUUCACGAGAUUAGGCAAUUGCAAAGGAUGUUGAGGCAUCUUACAAGCAAUCUAACAUUUCAAGAGGCUUACGACUUGACAGGUCGUAUUCUUGGUAUCACCGUUUGUUCUCCUAGAAAGCAUGAGCCACCACGAUGCCUUAACUAUUUGACAUCUCCUCAUGUUGUUAUAUGGAGUGCUGUGACUGCUUCCUGUGCAUUUCCUGGCCUUUUUGAGGCUCAAGAGCUGAUGGCAAAGGAUAGAUUUGGAGAAAUUGUCCCUUUCCAUGCACCCUUUUUGUUGGGCCCAGAGCAGGCGCCAGGAGAUUCAGCUCGCCGAUGGAGAGAUGGAAGCUUGGAGAGUGAUUUGCCCAUGAUGCAACUGAAGGAGUUGUUUAAUGUCAAUCAUUUCAUUGUCAGCCAAGCCAAUCCGCACAUUGUCCCACUGCUGAGGCUAAAAGAACUUGUGAGAGCUUUUGGGGGUAACUUUGCUGCCAAGCUGGCUCAUCUUGCUGAGAUGGAGGUUAAACAUCGAUGCAAUCAAAUUCUGGAGCUUGGAUUUCCAUUGGGGGGAAUAGCUAAGUUAUUUGCUCAAGAUUGGGAGGGUGAUGUCACUGUAGUUAUGCCUGCUACACUUGCUCAGUUUUUUCUUCUUUGCCAUCAGUAUUCAAAAAUUAUACAAAACCCAUCAUAUGCGGAACUCCAAAAGGCUGCCAACCAAGGAAGGAGAUGCACCUGGGAAAAACUCUCUGCUAUCAAGGCAAAUUGUGCUAUUGAACUUGCACUGGAUGAGUGUGUUGCCCUUCUUAACCACAUGCGUAGACUAAAGAGAAGUGCCGAGAGAGCAGCUGCUUCCCAAGGACAAACAAACACCUUCAGAUUUAAUGCUUCAAGGAGGAUCCCUUCAUGGAACUGCAUUGCAAGAGAGAACUCAGCAGGGUCUCUUGAAGAAGACGGCCUUGUAGAUGCUGCUGCUUCAGUCCACCAAGGAACUGGCCUCAUAGGGGGACAACCAAACAGAAACAGUCGUGUCCAACGAAGCGUGCAUGAUGGAAGUGAUAGUGAAUCAGAUAAUAUGGACCUAAAUUACCUAAAUUCUUGGACAAGAUGUGGUGGACCUCUGAUGAGGACAGCCUCUGCAAACAAAUUCAUCAACUUUGUGCAAAGCCUUGAGCUUGAGGCAGAAUUCAACAGGCCUUGGUCAAGGGAGGAUGAGGCUGAUGCUUUAACAGCCCACUCCAACUCCUUGGUGACUCAGAUGGUUGGCAGGGAUCCUUACCAUAGCAACUCGAGAGUAACAACCCCUGAUAGAAGCUCAGAGAACACAGACUCUGAGCUAGGUAGCAAUAGAAUUCCUGUAGCUGCUUCCACCAGCAUUAUGGUUUCUGAAGGAGAUAUGUUACAGGCAGAAAGGAUUAAUAAUGGAAUUAUGUUUAAUGUUGUGAAGAAGGAAGAUCUACUUGCACAGUUGAGCAGCGACUCAGAACCGCUCCGAGGAUCAUCACAAGAUGUUGAUGUUGAAAAUGUACAGAUGGAAAGUUGUGAUGCCAGUUCUGAUUCUGAGGGUGUUGAGGAUGAUGAAGUUCAAUUGAUCAAGGAAUCAGCUUCCUGCUGUGAUAUGAUUGCUUCUGAACCCAUGACUGAAGGUUGAAAGAUGAGAAUUUAUAUUUCAUUGUUAAACUGCACACUGACUUAUGCAAGAUCAGGUUCCAUUUUACAUUUGGUUGCAACAUUUUCCUUUUAGAGUGCUGACAUUGGCUUAUUAGCGAGAAGGCAUCCUGCAACACUGUAUCUUCCAACCAUUCUCAAUUUUUUUAUGAAUGUGAAACUUCUGAUGUUGUAUCUUGGUACCUUGCUUCCUUCAUCAGAAGAACAAUUACUUAUGGCUGACUUAUUGUUGAAAGUUGGACAUUCUAGAACAUGGAAAGCGCAUUUUGUGGACUAGGACAUUACUGAAAGUGAAGUCACUGUGUGGGGCAUCAGGCUUUCUGGCUUUUGAUUCAGUUGACUUUUAUUGUGUAGCUCUAUGAUGCAAAGCAUUCCUGAUUACAAGCAAUGUGCUCCAAUGCCUAUGGAGGAGGCUGUGCCACUUUGAAUCUUGAAUUGAAGCUCACAGAAGAAUUCCUGAUUACAAGCAAUGUGCUCCGAUGCCAACGGUGGAGGCUGUGCCACUUGGAAUGUUGAGUCGAAGCUCACAGUUGCCACUUCAAGCUAUGAAAUUGAUGCUUUUCAGGUACGGGGACAUAAAACAGAUGACUUGGUCUGAAUGCCAAGGCAAUUCUGCAGCAGUCAAAGACUUCAACACAAGAAACUGGCUAUUCUUUCAUGGAAAAAUGGUCUGGUAAAAAUUAAGGUGGUUCUGUGACACCACAGGGUAUUUGAAUCUGGUUGUUCGAGAUUCCAGAUGCAUGGCAGAGAGGACCUUUCUUUGGUGUUGAGUUGAUCAGGGUACAUACAGCUUUGUGUGGUAUUGGUAAAAUCAGUUUAGGCCUAAAAUGGAAACAUGCUAUGUGUAAGGCAAAAUUCUCUCAUUGUCUUUUGAGAUGCUCAUACAAGGAAAAUGUUAUUCUUGUCUCUUGGAAUGAAAUAUAUUGAUUUAAUCUUAAGGAUGUUUGAGUAUUGAGAAA